AUGCCAGUAGCAGCCGACGCCAUCUUUGAGGAGGCGUGGAUCAGCACCGAAAAGUGCAAAGUCGAUCCCCUCGUUGUGCAGGUUACGGAGCAGGAUUCGGUCAGCCAGACUUGGUUCACCUCCCAACCUCUCUCCCGUAAAUUCGUAUCGCGCGUAGCUGAGAUUCAACUAUGCACCGACUCGCACGAUCAGGGUGCCGCUGCCUUGGCCGGUGCUGGAAGCCAAACGUGGUUCGACAUUGCCAUUCUUCCCAGCGCAGAUUCCACGGAAAUCAAGCGAAGCAAGAGCGGCAGAGAGAUGGUCUGGACUUCUCACUUCAAUCAAAUCUCACCCGAUCACAGCUUGAACGUCCCUGUUCGCCACUUUGGAACCGUAUUCGACCGUAGAGCGGACCUACUUGCUUGUCUCGCCGAGGGAGAUGUUCUUGCCAUUAGGGUGUGCGCACGUAGACGUGGUUCCGUCAACACUGCCACCAGAGCCUUUGUCACUGCGCACCUCUUUACGCCUCAAAAUUGGACACUCACCAAUAGCACAAUCCCCAAGCACGAGGCAGAGAUCAAGGACGGAGUGUACACCUUUUCAGCCACCACGUCCUGCUUGGUGCGCGCUGAGGAUUCCAAGGUUCGGUCGAGCAUCUGGAUGACCAGUCCAGCUCUGGAUCGUGCAGCUAUUGAUCAACUGGAGAGCGUUCAGCUCUUCACGCGCUCUCGAUUUCAACGUCUACCUGAAGAAGGCGUAUCGCCAGCCAUCGAGGCCAAAGACAGCUUCAGCUGGUUCGACAUUGUCAUCCUCGACUCUCCAAGCGCCACGACUCCGCGCAUUGUUAAUGGCGUCACGCUCUGCUGGCUCUCUCAUCAGAACGUUACAAACGACUUUUCACGAACUGGUCAGGCCGGUCAACUGUUCGACAUUGAUGAGCAGAAAGACGUUCGAUGCGCGGAGAUCCAAAAUAUCAAGUCGGCUUUGGAAGAGGGAAAUGUGCUAGCAGUGCGGGUGUGCGCUCAGUACAAGGGGUGGGAAAAUUACGCCAAGGAUGGCAAACUCGUCGUGCGCAUCUCCAAUGAGAUAUUCUAUCUGGCAGGCAAGACCGCGCCAGCAAUCCCCAUUCCGGACUAUACCCAGGCCACAGAGACGACCAAAGCGCUUCAGCAAACGGUCAGAAAAUUCUAUAACGCAGUCGAGGCACGGAGCGAUGUUGUGCUUCGAUCGCAAACUACCGGUGCUCUUUCCAACGAGGUCCGUGCAGACCAAGUCUUGACCAAUCCAUCACCUUCAGCUCCUCCUCCCUCUUAUAGCGCUUCGCUUCGACCUCUGCGCGUCUUGUCUUUGGAUGGUGGUGGAGUCCGCGGUGUGUCGGAACUGCGCAGCUUGAAGCAGAUCAUGGACAGAGUCUCGGCUAGAGAGGGUCGCAAGCCCGAUAACCCUAUUCACCCCCACCAAUGGUUCGACAUGAUCGCAGGCACGAGUACAGGAGGGCUUAUCGCCAUGAUGCUAGGUCGUCUUAAGCUGAGCAUCGCACAGUGUGAAGCGGCCUACGACAAGAUCUCCAAGCAGGUGUUCCAAUAUAAGAAGGGAUGGAUCAAAUACAACGAAGGUGUAGCUUUCGCAAUGGGAAGUUAUAUGUACGAUGCCGACAAGCUGGCGGAUGCCGUUCGAGAAAUUGCGGGAGAGUUUGGGGUUGAGAAAGACAGAGAGAUGAAACUUCGCGAUGAGCAAAAUACUACCGACACGGAGGAGUGUAAAGUCGUUGUCUUGACCUGCAGAGCGAACCCGACGGAUGACGGAAAGAUGGGUGUGCAUCUCCGUAGUUACGUCUCUCACCCCAACGUUCCAGACCUGUACAAGGACUUUACGCUCUGGCAAGCCGCACGAGCUACCUCUGCAGCUCCGGUCUACUUUGAACGACUCAAGGUGGGGGACGAUGAGUUCAUCGAUGGAGGCAUGGGUUUUAAUAACCCGGUGCUUGAGCUGUUCACGGAGAUGAAUCACGUGUACGGACCAGCUCGACCUAUCGAGACGGUGAUCAGUCUGGGAACAGGUGUGCCUAAAGACCUGCGAUUCUCAAAGACAGGAGUAAGCACGACAAUCAAGGAAGUGAUUGGGAUGUUGACGAAUUCGGAAACAGCGCACGACGCAGCAAAAGACAUUGUUCCGCGCUUUGCGCUUCUCGGAAAGGAAAAGUAUUGGCGCUUCAACCUGAGUAAAGCGCUUUCUGAUGGCGAUGUGGUAGGGAACGGACAAAAGUACGAGGAACUCAUGACGCUUAUGGAUGAUUGGAGCGCUAUCCCGCUCAUUCGACAACUCACAGACAAGUGGCUCGCUCAUCCCGAGACCGUUCAAAUGCUCGAGAGAUGCGUCGCGAGUUUUAGUGACGGCGAGAAGACAGACCUGGUACCACCCUCCGUAGCACUGGCCAAAAGUCACCACUGA